AAGUUAGUGCUGCUUUGCGAGAUCCUUCAGGAAGGGAAGAGGAGUCCGUGGAUGGACGGACGGACGAAGCCGUCCAUUUGUCCCGGACAUGGUAGGACUGGUGUAGCUGUCAACCUCAUCUAGGGUUUGCCAUGCGAACCCGGCAAGAAGAGGGAGCAGUAGUAGUCUAAUGCCCGAAUCUAGUCGUCCGGAGUUAGUUUGGGGGAGGGAGCGAGAGAGUCAGUGAGAUUGUGUUUGUUUUUGUGCGUGUCUGCGUGUGUUUUGGUGGUUUGAUGUCGGUGUUUUCUCACGGGUUGCGGUCGUCGAACUCGUGGACCGUGGUUUUUGCCUAGAGUGUAGUUGUGACAUGUGAAGUCGGUCUGUGGUGGUGAAGUGGGAGGAAUCUUACAGUGGUGAGAGCGACGAUGGCAGAUCGGAGUGAGAAGCCAGGGGAGGGUUCGGCUGGUCGGGGAUGUCAGGGUGAAAUGUGAAGGUUUUGCGUCUUCAAGGAGUAGCAGAGGGAAAAGGGAGAGGGAAUCGCUCGUCGACUUCUUGUCUGAGACGGAGAGAAGCGACGACUAGGUGGCGGACGUUUUUGGUGGACAUGUGUUGACAUGCCGCAGACUGUGUGCUCGAUUGUUGUUUUCACGGUUCGAUGCUGCCGGGGCGGAAAGUGGAUGUGUUGCAUUUGAUUCGUUUCGGAGGAAUGGCGAUCUAAGAAACUAGAGAAAGCGUGAGCGAGAUAGAUAUGUGCGGAACGCAAAACAUCGUUCGUCCGGUUGUUCCCAGGAGCGUUGUUGUGUUGCGAUUGUUGGAAGAUAUCUUGGUCGUAUGCGGUGUCGUGGUAUGGAGCGAUUAGCGGAGUGACAAGUUUUCUGUUCAGACAUUACAAUACUGCCGUAGUUUGAAAUCCAGGACAGAGGUGAUUUCUUCACUUUGUAUCCUGCUGCGUUUCGGUAUUUUCUCGUUCUGCGUGUUUUUUUUUGGUUUAGUGUGGCCAAAAAAUUUCAGAGGCUAGAGGGGGGUCAGAUAUAGUGCACACUAGGGUAACUUGUGUACGCUUCAGAUGGCGGACUCCAGCAAAAAAAAUGGCUCAAAUGCUCCUCCAGGCUUGACACCCGUUCGAGGUUUGGACUCUGCUGAAGAUGUAGUAAUGCAAUGGGAUUUGUCUUCAUCCGAACAUGCCCGACAGUCCAUGAUAUGGGACUGUCCUCGAGACGAGGCUAUUGCAUACUUGGAAGCAGUUGAUGAGAUUCAGUCUGCGUUGGAAUCCUUGUUAGUCAGUCAGAGUAAUAAGAAGGAGAUGAGUAGGGCACAAAAUUUACGCCAGCUAGCCAUGGCACGAUUGGAGGAGGAGUUUAGGCACCUGCUACUAGCGUACAGUGAUUCGAUCGACCCAGAAUGGUUAAUGGAAAACUGUUCUAGAGCCGCUUCAUUUAGCAGUCGACGGUUAGACGAUGUUGCAGCUGAUGAUGCAGUCGAUGAAGCUCACAGCUCAGAUGAUGAUGAUGAAAAGAAUGAGGAGAUACCAUUUUCUAGACCCGUGGGAGAGAUGAAGCCUCUUGUGGACCUCGUACCUCCGGUGAUAGUGCCCGAUUUGACUAGUAUCACACAGAGGAUGCUCGCUGCUGGAUACAAGAGAGAAUGUGUGCAGGUAUAUGCUAGCAUAAGGAAGAACGCGUUGGAAGAGACCUUGAAAAGAUUGGGGGUUGAGAGGUUGAGUAUCGAUGAGGUCGGGAGGAUGAGGUGGGAAGAUCUGGAAGUGAAGAUCAAGAAGUGGAAUCAAUCCAUGAAAGUGUCUGUGAGGGCCCUGUUUGCAAGCGAGAAGCGUCUGUGUGACGAUGUGUUUAGUGAUGCACCGCCCAAUGUCGGAGAUUCUUGCUUUAACGAAUUGGGCAAAGGGCCGAUGAUGCAACUACUUAGCUUUGGUGAAGCUGUAGCUAUUAGCCGUCGAUCUCCAGAAAAAUUAUUCAAGAUACUCGACAUGUAUGAGACUCUGCGGGAUCUUCUUCCAGAGAUUGAAGAGAUUUUUUGUGGUGAGGCAUGCGCACCUUUGAGGUCCGACGCUGAGGGGAUACUGAUGCGGCUUGGAGAAUGUGCAAGAGGAACUUUUGCUGAUUUCGAAAGUGCAAUUCAACGAGAUGGUGCGAGAACCCCUGUGCCUGGAGGUGGUGUUCAUCCACUAACUCGGUAUGUUAUGAAUUACAUUAAGUUUAUGUGUGAUUAUUCUGAUACUCUAAAGCUGCUUUUUGGAGAAAAGGAAUGUGAUUUGGAGGAUGAGGAAGGAUCAAACAGAGACGGAUCAAACAGAGACGGAUCAAACAGAGACGGAUCAUACAGAGACGGGUCGUACAGAGACGGUUCACUCAGAGAAUCACCAAGAUAUUCAUCUAGAUCAAAUGAUGGGGAGAGAGGUGGCAGCGCUGAGUUAUCACCGCUCGCUGUUCAAACAAUCUGGAUAACUAAAGUGCUCCUGUCUAAUUUGGAGGAAAAGUCGAAGCUGUAUAAAGACCUGUCUUUGACUUAUUUGUUUCUUAUGAACAACAUUCACUACAUUGUUCAAAAAGUGAAGACUACGGAGGUGAGGGCCUUGGUUGGGGAUGAUUGGGUGAGAAAGAACACUAGUCAGGUCAGACAAUAUGCCAGUAGCUACCAGAGAGCUGCAUGGGGUAAAGUUUUAUUGUGCUUACGCGAUGAAGGUAUUCACACCAGUGGGAGUUUUUCAAGCGGUGUUUCCAAGCCAGUUUUGAAGGAGAGAUUCAAGAGCUUUAAUGCUGCCUUCGAGGAGGUUCACAAAGCACAGAUGAGUUGGGUUGUCUUUGAUGAACAACUUCGAGAUGAGCUUCGUAUUUCAAUCUCGGAUAAGAUACUUCCUGCUUAUCGCUCUUUCCUAGGUCGAUAUGGACAUUAUUUGGAUACCCAGAGACAUCCAGAGAGAUAUAUCAAGUACACAUCUGAUGAUAUUGAAGAAGUUUUGAAUAAUCUCUUUGAAGGUUACAUGUUCUCUCAUUCUUCAAGGGACCUUAGAAGGAGAAGUUCUCACCAUGGGUCUUCCCACCAUGGCACCUAAGAAGCACAUGAAUACAUCGAUUAUCACCCUUUAGAAGGGGUACUUAGAUUUCUCUGCUAGGUUUUCAGUUGCUCUAGCAUUCAGUGGCAACUUCCUCUGCCAUAGAAUUCAUAAAGUCCAGAUGGUCGAUGCAGGAGAGGCUUCUGGACGUACCCUAUCUUCCUGACUGGAAGAAGCUAUCAUAAUGUAUUCAGCAGUGUGUUGAUGAACAAUUUCAGUUCAUUCGAGUUUUUGGUUC